AGCGGAUCGCGGUCGGUACCGGAUCGCCUCCGCCUCCAGUCCUGGCCACAUCAGCUCAUCGUCACACUCCGGGCCAGUCGCAUGCAAGGUCAUGGAGCACCUGCCGGACGACGUGCUGCUGAUGGUGAUGCAGUUCGUGGACGUGCCGGACCUCCUGGCCUGCCGCCUCGUGUGCAAGCGUCUCGGCGGGCUCGCCCUGCACCCGGACGCGUGGCGGCACCGGCACCUCUCGAGCGGCGGCGGCGUGCGCCAGGCGCUGCGCCUGGCGCCGUGCUUGAGGCGCAUCGACGUCUGCGUUAGCACCCGCUCGACGACGGAGAUGCAGUGCCUGUUCGUCGCGACCAAGUGCGCCGUGCCCGAGCUGAGGAUCAAGCUUUGCCCCCUGUUUGCCAACGCCGUCGGGGUCGUCGCCCUGGCGAUCCGCAACCAGGAGGCGCUGGGCCGGCUCAGGCGACUGCUCCUGGUCUACGCCACCACGACCACGGUCGCCAACCAGCUGAAUUACGUGGAGGCUGGCCCCCCUCCAGGACCUAUCCGCCUGCUGUUCGCCACGCUGGCGUCGACGAGCGGCUUGGAGUGGCUCCGCCUUCCAGGCGGCUCCUACACUGUACCCAUCGCGGUCAGCCUGCACCGAGCUACCCAGUCGUCCCCGAAAGUCUUCUCCUGCAUGCACGUGCAGGAGACGGAGCCCUUCGUCGCGUUCGUGCUGGCCGCGCACGCCGCGACCCUGGAGGAGGUCGAGCUCGGCGUUGGCGAGGACGGCGUCGACAUGCACGCCACCACGGCGGGGCGCCUGCUCGCCGGCGGCGCGCCCAACCUCCGCGCGCUGUCCUGCGGGCUCAUGCCGGGGCUGGCGUCCGUGGCGGCGUCCGCGCCGUCGCUCCGCAGCGUGACGCUCUACGUGACGCCCGGCACCCAGGACCACGUCGGCGAGGCGGAGACGCUCCUGCGCAGCGCCGAGCACCUGCGCACCGUCACCCUGCACUACAAGGUUCCGACGGGCGCCGCCGCGGUCGGCCACAGUCUGGUCGCGGCGCUGACCGGACGGAACUGGCCGUCGCGCGUGCAGUCGCUGUCCGUCAUCGACGAGGUCCAAACCUGCAGGAGCGGGAGGGACGCCGACUACCCGCACGUGCAGUCGCUGCGCGCCGUCCUGCCGUCGCUGCCGGACCUGCGCCACCUGAAGCUCAACGCGGUGCUCGACGCGCUGGCGAGGGCCGUCACCCCCGCCUCGGCGCCGGCCCUGCGCACCCUCACGCUGCUGCCCGUCCCGGGCCGGAGGAAGGUCUGCGGCCACGCCUUCCUGCACGACGGCGCGGUGCGAGCCCUGGUGAAGAACAACCCGGAGCUCGAGCUGCGCAUCCUGGCGCCGAGGUACUACUGCCGCAACUGCCAGAAGUGCAGCCUGGGCUGUCACGGGCUAAAGGAGGGCGACGGCGGCUGGCAGCAGAAGAGCAUCCUCCGCUACGCCUGGAAGGCGUCCGACAAGUUCUUGUGGGUCAGCUGUAAUGCCCGGGUUGACGUUUAAGGCAAUGAGGCCCUCUGGUCGCAAUGUACUGUUUCGAGAACGAUUGUUGUGACAAGUUUUAACAAACUGAUUGGGCGCCGUUUAUAUG